GCGAAGCAGACUCCCUGCUGAGCAGGGAGCCCCAAUGUGGGACUCGAUCCCAGGACUCCAGGAUCAUGACCUGAGCCGAAGGCAGUCACUUAACCAACUGAGCCACCCAGGCGCCCGUGAUCACUGGAUUUAGCAACGUGGAAAUGACCUGGACCAGAGCAUUUCCGGUGGCAUGAUGGUUGCGAGGGCCGGAUCAGAGAGGGUUUGAGAGAGGAUGGGAGAAGAGGAACUGGAGACAGCGAGUACUGACAAUCUGUCAAGGAGUUUGGCUGUACAGAGGGGCAGAGAAGUGGGGCUGUUGCUGGAGGGAUGUCUGAUCAGUUAGUGAGCAGUGUCAGGUGGGGAGAGCUCAUGGGACCUGGGGCACAGCUUGAUCUUCCUAGAGCAUGAAUUCUUCAUCUGGAAGAGCAAGAGAGAAGGUGGAAACUGGACAGACACUGGCAGGUGGGAAGAUCUCCUGAUGACAGGACACCGCACCACGUUUACCAUGCAGCAUGUCAUGGGUGUGCCCCGCGUGUUGGUGCGGAGCGGCCUCCUUGGAAGGGACCUCUUUAUGAUCAGGACUCUCUGCAGCCCAGGCCCUAGCCAGCCCAGAAAGAAAGGACCUGAGGGUGUGGCCCUGGAGCUGUACCACCGCCUCACAGCCCUGGGAAGAGCCCUGGGGCACAACAUUCGGCAGCGAGCAUCCUCCACGGCCACGACAUGGUGGGACAGAUAUGAAGAGUUUGUCGGACUCAGUGAGGUUCGAGAGGCCCAGGGAAACGUGACUGAGGCAGAGAAAGUGUUCAUGGUGGCUCGAGGGCUUGUCCGAGAGGCUCGGGAGGACUUGGAAGUUCACCAGGCCAAGCUGAAGGAGGUGAGGGACCGCUUGGACCGCGUCUCCAGAGAGGAUAACCAGUACCUAGAACUGGCUACGCUGGAGCACCGGAUGCUGCAGGAGGAGAAGAGGCUUCGUGGAACCUAUCUGCGUGCUGAAGACUCGGAGCGAGAGAAGUUCUCCCUCUUCUCUGCAGCUGUGCGGGAAAGUCACGAGAAGGAGCGCACUCGAGCUGAGAGGACCAAGAACUGGUCCCUCAUUGGGUCAGUCCUGGGGGCCCUGAUUGGUGUGGCUGGCUCCACCUAUGUGAACCGUGUGCGGCUACAGGAGCUGAAGGCCUUGCUCUUAGAGGCACAGAAGGGGCCUGUGAGCCUCCAGGAGGCCAUCCGAGAACAGGCAUCCAGCUACUCCCUCCAGCAGAGGGACCUCCACGACCUCAUGGUGGACCUAAGGGGCCUGGUACAAGCUGGGCCUGGGCAGAGCUCUGUGGCCCAGGCAGGUGCUUCCCCGACCCGAGACAGAGAUGCAGAUGUCCUUUCAGCCACCUUGAAAGAGCAGCUCAGCCAUUCCAGGCAGGUCCGUUCCUGUCUAGAGGGUUUACGAAAGCGGCUUGAUGACUUGGAAAAGACUUUCAGCCAAACGGCUGAGUUGGUUCAGCUUGCAAAGGCUGCAGUGCAUCCGGGCCUGGUGGAGCCAGCAGAUGGGGCUCUGCCUGGCUCCUUGCUGGAGCAGGGGAGCAUGAUCCUGGCGCUGUCGGACAUGGAGCGGAGGCUAGAAGCCCAGGCCAACAGGAACACCAUCUGUAGCACGCUGGUCACCUCUGUGACAUUGGUGGCCAUACUGCCUGUGCUCUACAUGCUGUUCAGGGCCAGCUAGCCCCUGGAACCCCCUCCAGAGGCCCUGAGGGGAUAGGUGUGGAUAUGGAUUUAGUUAGGGAAUCCCAGCAGUGAAGUGAGCCUUCAGGGUGCACGCAACCUCAACCUGAGGCUGAGCGCCGUCUGUGUGGCUCACCAGCAGGCAUACUUUGCUCUUUAGAAAAUGCUCAUUUAUGUUAAUUAUCAAAACUGUGUGCUAAUGUCCAAUUAAAAUGUCUUUGGGUUUGUGUUAUUUA